AUGACGGUGGAGAUAUUGGGAAAGUACAAAGAUGUACCUCCCAGUUUGCCUGGUUUGGAUGGCGCGACCGCGGAGCUCAUUGGUACCCUGAAGUACCUCCAUGUACAUACGUACGACGUAUGCAUCUUCCCCAUCACAACCACACAACCGGGCAAAUUACUCCCUCCUGUCGCAGCAAUCGGCAGGGAUCAAGGCGGGCAGCAAAGGGCAUCAGAUGAUGCCCCGAGAAAGCAAUUUCCGGAAACCCUCCCCUCCCCGAGAAGUCAAGGCUCAUCGCAGCGAGACUUAGCCCAACAACGAAAGCCAAGCCGUCCUCUAAGAUGCUUGGUAAAAAACCGAAGUAGGAAAGAAAACUCACCGUCACGCACUCCGUAUACAGGGUCGAUCGCAACGUUCGUUGUGGCACAGAAGAACAAAUACAACACACAACACAGGAGACUUUUCCAAUUUGGUGGAUGA